CACGGAAACGGCUCAGGCUUCACUUUCUUCUCCUUCCGUUAACGGUCAGUUUACCUUCUCACCGUCUCCGUAGCGAGUUGUUCUCCCGCGGGCUGUGUCGGUGUCUGCUCUCCGAGAGAACACGAUGGAUAAAGUUUUAUUUCUGACGGUGACUUUGAGUCUGUUUGUAGUUAUAACUCAGGUGAAGUGCAGCUCCUCCAGACUGAAGAGAGUCACCAAGGCACAGGUUUUGGGUUUUGAUUGGAAGAACUGCGGGCAGCCAGACGCUCCAGCUGUUCUGAAGACUCUGACUGUGUCUCCAGAUCCCAUCUCCAUCCCGGGAGACCUGACGGCCUCCGCUGCUGGAUCCACAUCUGUGGAGCUCGCUGCUCCUCUGGCUGUGAACGUGACGCUGGAGAAGGAGGUGGCAGGUUUCUGGGUGAAGGUCCCCUGUGUGGAGGAGUUGGGCAGCUGUCACUAUCAGGACGCGUGUGGCAUCCUGAGCCAGCUGAUCCCUCCGGGUCAGGACUGUCCCGAGCCGCUGCACACCUACGGGCUGCCCUGCCGCUGCCCCUUCAAAGCUGGCUCGUACUCUCUGCCUCAGUCCGACUUCUACCUGCCCUACAUGGAUCUGCCCUACUGGCUGACCAACGGGAACUACCGUGUGCAGGGCGUCCUGGGCAGCCAGGGCAGUGAGCUGGGCUGCCUCAAAGUGUCUCUCUCCCUUCACUCCGACUAAACCGACCGCGGCGAUGCUCGGGAGGUUUCAGCUUCUUGUUUAUUUGCAUAGAGAAUCGGGAAACGGAAGCAGAAGAUGCAGAAAGUGUUGGAACCUUAAAGCUCACAGGGGUUUCUAAAACAUAUCGUUAGACGUUCAAUUAAAGAAAGACGAGAACAAUGUUAGACAAAUACAAUAACAUUUGAUUUAAACAGUUUAUAGUCCUUAAAGAAUCCAAAGACAACAUGGAACUUGUUUGUACGCUGCUCCAAACAUUCACCGUGUCUGAACUCAAACACUUCACAUCGUCCUGCUCGCUGACGGUAACGUGAAGAUCAAGCGCAGCACCGGCAGCUACAACAAGCUGCAAAUACUCUCUUACUUCGCUGUGUGUUCACAAGUAUAGGAGUUUCAAUCAAAAACAGCAUUUUAUUUGAUUUGUUUUUACUUAUGAAUUGAUUUAAAACUAAUGAUUGAAUACAAACAAUCUUUAUUUCCAGCUAAAGACAAACACGUCACGCUGUUUGUUCAGGCGGGUUUGAAAACUUUGAAUUAAGUUGUUUUGUGUGUGAAAAGAUCAUUUUUAAUAUUUCCUUUCCCGUGUAGAGAUCACGACAGGCUCUUAUUUCUCCACCAGUGAACUUUAAAGGGAGUUUCAGGUUUCUGUUCUGCUCUUAGAAAAGAUCAAAUAUUGUUUGCAGGUAAAUUUGAAAGUGAAAACCUUUCGUGCCAAAAAAUAUAUAUAAUUCAUUUUAUUACACAAAGGUCAACGUGCCUCGCUGCUGAACUGCAUUCUGAUCCUGGUCACUGAAACACACACACACACACACACACACACACACACACAGUGACACAGCAUCACUUGUCUCACUGUUUAGAUGUAUUGCUCAUAAACCUGAUGAAGCUCACAUUAAAUAAUAAACAGAUUUGUUAAUGAACUGUAAAAACAAAAGUAGCGUCUGCUGUUUGUUCUUCAGACAUCAUGGCGUGUUCUCUUUGCUUCCAUCAUUGAUUGUUUUGGGGUUUUUUAACUUUUGAAAAGGUUUUCGACCAAUGAGGAGCAGCUCUGCUGGGAGUUCAUCUCCUUCAGGAUGUAGAAUAACUGAUAGCAGCCAAAGUGUGUAUUUUUACUAAGUGCCUGAUUACAUCACUGUAUUUAAAAUGAAAUAAAGAAUUCUGACGUUAUUAGUUCAUUAUGAUUGUAGUUUGACUAAAUGUGUUGAUCGCAACGAUGAUGACGUGUGUUUGUGAAUGAUUCCACAGUUUCUAAUAAACAGUAUGCCAUAAA